AUGUCAUCAGCAUCUCUACAUCCAUCACGUGUUGCAGGUGGUUCGUCAAGGCCGACACCAAGGUCAGGAGCCGCAACAUCAUCUUGCGCACCGCGACGUCAUACUGUUACACCGCCCUCCACACCCUUGGGGGCUGCGGCGCACCAAGUAUCGUUGCGACAGAAGGCUGAGCUAAAAUGUCAGUCUCAUAAUGGUGGCGCAUCGCCAUCUGAGCCCGCUCUCAAACAGCAGAGUGAAUUGCUGAAGCUGAAUGCUUCUGUAAAGCCUCACCAGGCGACCCCAGCAAUUGCAAACGGUGAUGUACCUCCAGAGCCCUCGAUAGGGAAUACUAAGGCCCUCUCCACGGAAACGAUGGAUAAUCUCCCGCCGACGCUGCGCAAUUUUGUCCUCAAGGGCAAGACAGCAAUAGUCACUGGCGGAGCUCGAGGACUGGGACUGGCUAUGUCUCAGGCUCUGUGCGAGGCUGGCAUCAAGGCCGUGGCCAUUUUCGAUAUCCAGCCUAAGUUGGGUCAAUCGGUAGCACAAUCUCUCCAUACUGCCACUGGCAUUCCCGUGAAAUACCACAACGUCGAUAUCACCAACGAGAGCAACGUGGAAGCUGCCGUCAAACAAGUCAUUCAACAAUUCGGCGGCAUCGACAUCCUCAUCAACUCUGCCGGCGUAGCAUUCUCGAACCUCCCCGCCGAAAAGCAGAGUCUCGACAUCUUCCGCAAGACCAUCGACAUCAAUCUGACCGGCUCAUACAUCAUGGCGCAAGUCGUUGGUCGAUACAUGAUAAAGACCACUCCCAAGGCGACCUCGCAUUCGCACCCGCAGCUCCCCGAUCGAAGCAUCAUCUUCAUCGCGUCCAUGUCCGGCUCCAUAGUCAACUAUCCACAGAGGCAGUCCGCCUACAACACCUCCAAAGCCGCCGUCAUCAUGCUCUCCAAAUGCCUAGCGGCAGAGUGGGCUGAGUACGGCAUCCGCGUCAACACUAUCAGUCCAGGAUAUAUGGAUACCGUGCUGAACCGGACGCCGGAGCUGACGCAACAGAAGGUGACGUGGAAGCAGAGGACGCCGUUGGGAAGGUUGGGCAAGGAGGAGGAGUUGAAUAACGUGAUGGUUUGGUUGGCGGGCGAAGGGGCGAGAUUUGUCACCGGAGGUGAUUACAAGGUCGACGGAGGCUACUCGGUCUAUUGA